UCCCCAGCGCUGUUCCCAUCCCCCAAUUCCCCAAUAAAAAUCUUUAAAAUAAAGCAUUUGGCAUUCUUUUCAGGUGCAACGCUCUCGGAAAAGUGCUACACGGUAAACCACAUUUCAGUAGAAGGGUCCAGAAAGCCUCUGGAUCUGUUUUUACAUCAAUAAAACAGCGGCCCUGCCUGCCGGCCUGGAGUUCUGUGAGGGUCACGAAGUCCGCCAGCGCCUUAUGUCGCCCACAUGUACAUGCGAAGUACUUCACGUUCUACCCUGGAAAAUGAGGCUCCUUAUAAACCACCAGAAGCGAGUCAAAGAGCCAGGCGCCGGGGAAGGGAAGCAAGAAGGAAUUUGGAAAUGCCUAAUAAAGUUAACAGUGUGGAAAGCGCCUUGUAGGAGGGAGAGCUGCCCGGGAGGAACGAAGGGGCCUAACUCUGGGCCACCCACGCGGCGAGCGACGGGCAGGAAGCGUCGUGGACGCCGGCUGGGGGCCGGGACGAGGCAGGCAGGUGAAGGGGUGGGGCGGCCUUGACCCGGAAGGCGGCCAUCCCGCUCGGCCUGGCCUUGGGCGGACGACAGCGCUGGUCUCAGCCUGUUCUAACUGCUCCGAUCAGGAAGCGGGACAAACGCCCGUCGGGCGCACGAGUCCUCUCAGCCGCGGACGGCACCUCCGCAGAACGUGCAGCAGCGCGCGGAAGGGGACGUCUCCGCUUAAUGCGCAUCUCCGGGCCAGGGGCCCACAGAGUGUGCAAGCUGGAGGGGGGCGUGCCUCAAGCCAACCCGUGCCAGAGCCCGACGAGGGGGCAGACGGCUGGCGGCGCUCUCCUCCAAGCGGCACCCACCUUCACCUGGCUUAGCACCCUACUCUCCACUUCUUUUCCCGCGUCCACACCAGGGCUGAACUUCGGAGCAUGCGCAGAAGGCAAAGACAGGCGUCCGCGCGUCCCGACAGCAGUUGCGCCUCAACCGUAGUCGCACUCGACCCAUCAGGGGACGUAUUAUUGGCGAGGGGGCCCCGCCCCCGAAGAGGAAACUAUGGAAACGAGCGGCCAAUCGGAAGGCGUGUUGUUGAUGUGGAGCCCCGCCCCCGACAGGGGCAGAGAGUGACGGGCGAGGGUCAUGGGGUGUGAGCGCUCCUGAACUCCCGAGCCCCCAAGGGCCGCGGCGUCCGCUUUCCCCGAGGCCGCUAGCAGCGCUCGGGACCCCGCGCUCGUCAGCCCGCCCGCCCACUCACCCUUCGGCGUCGGCGCGGCCCAUGCUGCUGGGGGCGGAAGCCGGAGCGGGCGUCUCAGGUGCGGCCGGCGGCCCGGGGAGGUGAGGGGGCGGCGGCAGGGCCGGGCCUGGCGCGGCGAUUGGCCGCCGGCCGAGGGCCGCGGGGCGGCCGGGAGGCGGCCCGGGUGGGGAGGAGCCGGCCGGACCCUCCGCGCGCCUCGUGGGGAAGAUGCUGCUGUCCCUGGUGCUCCACAUGUACUCCAUGCGCUGCGUGGUGCCGGCCGCGGUGCUGCUGGGCACGGCCCCCACCUACGUGCUGGCCUGGGGGGCCUGGCGGCUGCUCUCCGCCUUCCUGCCCUCCCGCUUCUACCAGGCGGUGGACGACCGGCUCUACUGCAUCUAUCAGAGCAUGGUGCUCUUCUUCUUCGAGAACUACACCGGGGUGCAGGUAUUGCUCUAUGGAGAUUUGCCAAAAAAUAAAGAAAAUAUAAUAUAUUUAGCAAAUCAUCAAAGCACAGUCGACUGGAUUAUCGCUGACAUUUUGGCCAUCCGGCAGAACGCCCUGGGGCAUGUGCGCUACGUGCUGAAAGACGGGCUCAAAUGGCUUCCACUCUACGGGUGUUACUUUUCUCAGCAUGGAGGAAUCUAUGUAAAAAGAAGUGCCAGAUUUAAUGAGAAGGAAAUGAGACAGAAGCUGCAGAGGUACAUGAAUGCAGGAACUCCGAUGUAUCUUGUGAUUUUUCCAGAGGGAACAAGGUAUAAUCCAGAACUAACAAAAGUCAUUUCAUCUAGUCAAACAUUUGCUUCUCAAGAAGGCCUUGCAGUAUUAAAACAUGUGCUGACACCAAGAAUCAAGGCAACUCACGUUGCUUUUGAGUCUAUGAAGAAUUAUUUAGAUGCAAUUUAUGAUGUUACAGUGGCUUUUGAAGGGACUAUGGAUGAUAAAGGGCAGCGAAAAGAAGCACCAUCCAUGGUUGAAUUUCUCUGCAAAGAAUGUCCAAAAAUUCAUAUUCACAUUGAUCGUAUAGACAAAAAAGAUGUCCCAGAGGAACAAGUAUAUAUGAGAAGAUGGCUUCAUGAACGUUUUGAAAUAAAAGAUAAGUUGCUUAUAGAAUUCUAUGAUUCGCUGGAUCCAGAGAGAAGAAGCAAAUUUCCUGGGAAAAGUGUUCAUUCUAAACUAAGUCUCAAGAAAACUUUGCCGUCAUUACUGCUCCUCAGUGGCUUGACUGCUGGUAUGCUUGUGACCGAGGCUGGCAGGAAACUGUAUGUCAAAACGUGGCUCUAUGGGACCUUAAUCGGCUGCCUGUGGGUUAGUAUUAAAGCGUGAGCGGGCGCUGCCUGCGGGCAGUGGGGCGUGCUGCGCUCUGUGUUACGGCAGCUAGCUGCACAUGACGUCGCAUUGUUUCCUGAGUUUAAUAAGAAGUGUAAAUAAAGCCUUGUUGAUUGAACAGUGGAUAAAAUAGAGUUUCUGACAGGGCCACGUGCCGUUGGCCGUGGGCAAACACGUGCGUGUCACGACGUUAGCCGAACCGCUGGAAAGGGGCAGCGAAGCAGAGUGAUGCUGUCCAGGGCACUUUCUGUGAGCGAAUAAAGUCCCCUUCAGAAGAUUGCUAGGGCUGUAUAACUGGCGAUUGUUUUGUAACUCAGAUAGCUGCGUUCACGAACAUUAACUUGCAGUAUAUUUCACUGUAUUUGUUAUUUUCAAUUUUUUACAACUUGACCCAUCCGAAUUCUUAUCACUAAAGUAUUUUAGUAUCCUGCAGCUAUGUAAUAUUUUGCUUUUUGCCUAAUUUCUCCAAGUCAGUGAAAGAAAUGAUAAUAUGUAAGUAUUGAAAAGGACAGAAGGGAAGAGCAAAAAAUAUUCACGGGGCAGAAGCCGUGGGUAGAACCGGCUUUUAUUCUAUUGUAUUAUUAGCGGAUUUCACUUUAUGUUUGCAAAAGAAUUAACAUUUCUAAUAUUUAUUGAAACAGCUGAAUUUGCACACCCUGUACGCUAUACAAAGGAAUAAUGUAUAAAAGAUGAGAAUUCAAUUUAAGUUAAAAUUGUGACCCUGAUUCUGUAGCAGAACUUUGCCCGACAUUUUGAAAAUUUAAGCUAAGCUGUUAGAAUUCGCAACAUCUGUGCCAUAAGUACUUGAAAACCUUAAUGUUUCCAUUUUUCUUUAUUUAUAUCAAAAUAAUUGUGUGUACUUUUGUUGGACCUGAAUCCACAGAUGUUUGAGGUGACAGGAGCCUUCAGACAUCUGACUGGAUUUACCAGUAUCUGCCUUUUACCUGUUACUCUUGGGUUUAGCAAAAUAUUUAAUCCCAAAAUCAUGUUUUAUGUCGUCAUGGUUGAUUCUGACCAUACCCAAGUUCUUUUCCUCGGGAUUACCGGCCCUGGUGCUGCUCAGCAGACUGGCAGGCGGGAAGUGCGCAUCGCCAGCCUUGUGUGUCCUCGCAAAGGGGACCGUUUAGGCUGCUGUGAGUCAGCUUCACUGGCUGCCGGGAGAUGUGUUCUUCUGUCUCAUGUCAAGAAAUUCACCUUCCUCAAGCCAGGGAAACAUGGACUUAAUCCAUCGGGACUAAUUAGUUUAAUGUGGCCUCACAAUUACUCUAUAUCCCCUCAAUACAAGAGCUGUGUUUCAGGAAGCAAACCUCCCAGCUCUCUUAGUCAUGGAACAAUAGAGCCUGUGGAACAGGCCCCUUUUCACAGGGGGAUCUAUUUCAGUGUUGUCAUUUCAACCUGAUUGCCUCUAGUCCUUUAAGAUGAUACAUCUGCUUACUGCUGAUGAAUUUGUGUUGCAGAAUUGUAUCAGUGCCCCAGGGAAACACUCCAAUUCAAUCAGGAUAAGCAAAAUGAGAAUUAAGGGAAAUUUUGCCUGAUUCUCGAGAACCAGAGAGUAAGCUGUUGCAGACAGCACCUUUGAAGAGCUGGGUAGUAUGAAGUGGUUUGUCUGUGUCAGCAGGUACCUGUGUGCACACGUCCACACACACACAUUCCCACGGGAAGGCUGUUGGCCUAGUUGUGAGUUAAUUGGUGGGAUGUCGGUAACACUUUUGAAAAGUGGUCUUAUGCCAAAUUGCAAUUUUCUAUUACCGGUAAAGUGAAAUUUAGAGCCAUCCUAUGUAUUUGUUAAAUACAUUUUUUUUUAAUCCUAAAAUUAGAACCUAUUUCUAAUUAGAUCAAAAUAAAAGUAAGUUGUGCGACUUACUUUGAAUAUACUAGAUAUGCUCUAAAUUUCAAUUUUAAGAAGCAAAACCAUUAGAAUUAUGUUGAUUAUAACUGAUUUUAGGAAGGCAGAAUGAACUGCAUAAGAUCACUUAAACAUCAUGUUUCUUAUGACUAUACUUAUUUUCUUCUCACAAAAAGUCUAUAAAAUACUUGUUAGUUUAAAAAAAUUUGUAUCAAAAUAUUUGGAAAAUGAGAAGCUUCUUUUUAACAUGUAUUGACAAGACUUGAAUUAUUUUCUAAAAUUAAGAGCGCUGUAUCUCCCUGUAAAUCUUUUCACAUAAUAUCAUUUAAGCUUUUGUUUGUUAUUAUUAUUGUUGAUUUACAGCUUAGUCAUUGCUUAGUUUUUCUUUAUAAGAAUGCCAUCAA